AUGUCCGUAUCUACAACAUUGACAAUGAUAACAACAGAAACAUUACCAUCGUUAUUACCACUUCCCACGAACCUUAAUAGGCUUCUGAAAUGCGUUGCUAAGCUGAUCGAGAAAUUGCCUAAUCAAGAUAUCAAGGAAGAAGUUCUAGAGUUCAAACUAUGCCUACGGUACAUCGACCCAGUUUUAUCAGGGUUAUUUGAUGAUCCAGAUAGGGGCACCCUGUUUAGAUGGACCAGUGUCACAAACGAGGAGUCAAAGUACAGAUACAUUACAAAGCAGCGUCCUAACAGUGUCAUUUCUCAGUUGGAUGGACUCUUUUACGGGCCAUCUUUAGGCUUCGUGGAGGUCAAAAGUGCCAAAAAGGGUAGCGACAAAUUCGCCGUUUCUAAUGAUCUUGUUCGACUUGGCCUUCUUUCCAAAAAUUCAAUCGAUCGGUCGAAUGAUCCCAUCAUCAAGAGAAGCAAUUCAAGAUUUGUUGGCUACUUUGACGAGCUCUUGGCUGUUCUGGAUCUUUUCGAAGAACAUUGUCUCAUGUCCGCUUGUGUUAAUGACCAAGAUUCCUGUAAGCGAAAAGCAUUACCCGACGAAGCAUUCGAUGUUAUUCUAUCAAGGAUGAUGAAGACAAAGAUACUAUCACUGAAAGCAGCAACAGCCAGUAUGCUUCCUGCCAAGGAUCCAUGA